AUGGCAGACGACGGAGCAUAUACGGCAGACGACCCUACGCUGACCGUGGGGCCGAAAAUUGUCUGUAUCACUGAGCUCUGUGACCAACAACCGUCGGCGACGACAUCCACAUUGCAGGUGGAGGCCGAUCAGAGGACGUUAGAUUUAGCACCACUACUAUCCCUGUGUCCAAAUGACGAACUGUUGGAAGCUCCUGUUGGAAUCUUGCAGGAGUGCGAUUAUCCAUCGACAGACAACGUAUAUAUGGUGGACAACAAUAAAUACACGACGAAAGAUGAGCUUGAUUCUCACGUGACACCGGUUAAAAUCCAGCUGUUAGAUGCACUGGCCGCCGAUAGCGAUUUUGUUCCGGAUGAGGCAGCCGAAAGCACGACCAUAGUUCCUAUAGUCGUGGCCAAAAGUGAUGGCGACGGGUUGGAGCCAGCGACAACUACGAUCCAAGUAAAGUCAGCGGUGACUGAACAGCUUGAUUCUUACGUGGCACCGGUUAGAAUCCAGCUGUUAGAUGCACUGGCCGCCGAUAGCGAUUUUAUUCCGGAUGAGGCAGCCGAAAGCACGACCAUAGUUCCUAUAGUCGUGGACAAAAGUGAUGGCGACGGGUUGGAGCCAGCGAUGACUACGACCCAAGUAAAGUCAGCGGUGACUGAACAGCUUGAUUCUUACGUGGCACCGGUUAGAAUCCAGCUGUUAGAUGCACUGGCUGAUGUUAACGAUUUUGUUCCGGACGAGGCAACCAAAAGCACGACCAUAGUUCCUAUAGUCGUGGCCAAAAGUGAUGGUGACGGGUUGGAGCCAGCGAUGACUACGAUCCAAGUAAAGUCAGCGGUGACUGAACAGCUUGAUUCUUACGUGGCACCGGUUAGAAUCCAGCUGUUAGAUGCACUGGCUGAUGUUAACGAUUUUGUUCCGGACGAGGCAACCGAAAGCACGACCAUAGUUCCUAUAGCCGUGGCCAAAAGUGAUGGCGAUGGGUUGGAGCCAGCGACGACUGCGGUCCAAGCAAAGUCAGCAGCAGCAGAAAAACCCCGGCAAGGUCGUCGUAGAUCAUUCUUAUCGGCAGUGGGGAGGCGGCUCCUCAAGUUCGGGAGGACGUUAUGCUGCUGUUGCUGUUGCAAAUAGUGUGGUAGGUACACCGAUACCGCCAUAUGGUGCGCUCGAUUGCAUCUGUGAGAUGACAACGAGUUGAGAAGACAAGAGGGAUGCAAAAAGAGAUGUUGACUGGUGUCAUCAAUCCAAAAUUUAAGUUUAUAAUUUAUUAAAAUUCAUUUUGUUUAAUUUUCGUUUUGUUGAAAAACUUUAAUAUUAUAAUGAUUGUUAAUUUGCUCAUAUUAUCAAAUAAACAAUGAAGCAUAACAUAUGUAAAUAUUAAUUAUACAUGUAAAUUUUUACUUCGAAUACCGUCAAAUUUUUUUCUGAUUGUUAUAAAAAAUAAAAAU